AUGUCUUUUUGGUGGGCGCGAUGGAGUUUCUGUCACAAGUCAUUUGUCUGUCGACGAGGUCAAAUUCGACCGGAUUCUUUCUGCUACGCAGCUGCGCUCAGUACAUUCCAACGAGCCCAGCAGUGGAAGUUGGUGGAAACUUUGUCACAGGCCUCUGUCCAAGUGGCGAUUCAACCAAACAUCGUGAGCUUUACAACUGCCGUGCGGGCGCGAGAAAAGUGGCGACUGGCAGUUUACUCAAAUUUGUGCAUGCUACAAUUGCAAGUGGAUGUUCUGUGGUGCAGUUCCGUUCUGAAGCGUUGCGCAGACGCUGGUCAGUGGCGAGUGGUCCUCUCGAUGCUGCUGGGGAUGAGGAGUUGCUUCUUGACCUUGGACGAGAUCUGCUGGAAUGCAGCCAUGACAAGCCAGAAUCCCUGGCCGAUGACCACGGCACUGCUCAGUAAAAGCACCCAGACUCGAACACAUGAUGUCAGCAGCUUCACGCAGGCCAUGAACAGCUGCACAUCGCAGCAGAAUUGGCGUGGUACCCUAUUUCUGAUGGGACGUUGCGCUUCGAGUCCAGUCCGUUUGGAUGUCUUCCUGUGCAGUGCCGUGCUCAAUGGCCUCCAAAAGGCACCACGUUUGGGCAACGAGUUGGGCAUUGGGCAUUCCUCCAGUGAAGUCCUCUGCCCUUGUGGCCAGGAAAGACCCUGCCAGCAGGAGCAACUCUGGGCUGCGGCGGCUGGCUACCUGAAGCAUCUCCGCGGAAGCACCCUGCAAGUCGAUGCGGUUUGCCGCUUGAUGAAACAGCAGAGGAUCACGGUGGGUGAUGGGAAGAGGUCCACAGUGAUGCUUCAUCCUUGGCGAUCUGAAACUGUUUCAACAAAUGGGUUGCGCUUGAGGGCCAUUUAUGGAACAUGCCCUGGACUGAUGGACCUACGAACCUACGACCUCCAGUUGAAGGCCUUAAGGCUCAGUCAAGACAAGAGGUGUGAGAGUUGGAUCACAGACGAAGAUCUCUGCGAUGCGGUGGCGUUCGUGGGACCUGAACGCCAGCGUGUGCCAUUCCUUCGAGCACCUUUGGCCACCCUCUCCAAGCCGCUGAAGGUUGCGUUGUAUGGCGAGUUUCGGGAAGGCCGUACACGUGAACUCGUCUUGGAGGAUGUGACCGUUGAUGCCUUUGAUGUCAUGAUGAGGACAGCGUACCAUUUGGAGCCCAAACUGAUUCCUCCCAGGGCAAUCAAUACGUUGAAAGCUGCAAAGUUGUACAUGAUAGAAGAUCUGGAGAGAUAUUGCUGGGACUACUUGCGUGAUUUGGAAGGGUUAGAUAGCACAUUGAUUUUGCAAACCUUGACGGAGUGCCUGAAGUGUUCUUUUGAUCUACCAGAAGAGCUACAAUGCACAUAUUGGAGCAACAUUUUGUCCAAGAGCGCAUCAGUUGUGCAGUCGCCGUUCUUUGUUGAAACACACGGCUCUGUCAUAGCCAGGUUGAUCAAACUUGAUGAGUUUCAUGUCAAUGAGGAAAACCUGUGGAGUCGCUUGGUAGAGUGGGCGGCGAAUGCCAUCCGGAAGCAAGAGCUGCUGGGGCCAUUUGCAGAUGCGACGCCUUGCCAACCAGCGAAACGCGCCAAGACGAAUGAUGACGAUUCCAACGGUAUUGGGCCUAGUGAAACUGUCCAACAAGAGGCCGUUUUGCAACUCAUGUCUCCACACAUGCGCUUCAUACAAAUGAACAAGGGCUUUUUCAUCGACAAAGUGCGAAAGCAUUUGGGUCGCAAGGAAAUCGAUGCUGUCACUGACUACUUCCUGAUGGGCCGAAUAUCAGAAGGAUUGCUGACCCGAAAGCGUGUUGGUCUGAAGGAUCCAAUUAUCAAAGUUGAAGAGAAGCAGGAUUUUCAGGUUUGUUGUGAGUUCAGUCAGAAAAAGUUGAAAUUCACCAAGCCUAUUUUGCUCACCAAGGUGAAAAUUAAUUCUCGAGUAUCCCAAGAAACCCCAGGGUUGUUUGGGUUACGUUACUUCUUCAAUGUCUCGUUCACCUGGUCGGUUUCCGCUGCAAACUUGAAAUUUUCCAAUUCGGUUGCAUCGGAUUCCGACAACCCCCUGGUACCCAGCAAGAGCACCAUUGCCAUCAAUCUCCAAGAUCCAUGUGAUGAAUUGAUUGUUGACAUUGCUUCAGAUCAAAUUGAUAAGGUGGGUUCAAUCGAAGUGACAGGGAUGAGCUUCAAGCCACCAGUCGAACUUGCCAAGUCGGUGGUGCAGCGGUUGUCGAAGGAUCUCUUGGUGAAGCCUACGGAAGCCAAAAACGACCCAGAUCAGUGACAUCUUCGCGUGCUCGUUGUGACAAAA